CUGUCACUCUCUCACGUUCUCCUCGUCUCAUUCGUCCCUUCAAAUCCAUCACUAUGUCCGACAUCACUCACCCCACUAUCAAGGAUGGCUGGUUCUCUGAGCAGUCUGGUAUGUGGCCCGGCCAGGCCAUGAACCUCAAGGUCAACCAGAUCCUCCACCACGAGAAGUCCAAGUACCAGGAUGUCCUUGUUUUCGAGAGCAGCGACUACGGUACUGUUCUGGUCCUCGACAAUGUCAUCCAAUGCACCGAGCGCGAUGAGUUCUCCUACCAGGAGAUGAUCACUCACUUGGCCAUGAACUCCCACCCUAACCCCAAGAAGGUUCUGGUUAUCGGUGGCGGAGAUGGUGGUGUCCUCCGUGAGGUCGUUAAGCACGAGACCGUCGAGGAGGCCAUCCUGUGCGACAUUGAUGAGGCUGUCAUUCGGGUCUCCAAGAAGUACCUCCCUGGAAUGAGCAUUGGUUUCCAGCACCCUAACGUCAAGGUUCACAUUGGCGAUGGCUUUGAGUUCCUCAGAAACCGCAAGAACGAGUUCGAUGUCAUCAUCACUGACAGCUCCGACCCCGAAGGUCCUGCUGAGAGCCUCUUCCAAAAGCCCUACUUCGAGCUCCUGCGCGAUGCCCUGCGCGAUGGAGGUGUCAUCACCACCCAAGGUUCCGAGAACCAAUGGCUUCACCUCUCUUUGAUCACCGACCUCAAGAAGGCCUGCAAUGAGGUCUUCCCCGUCGCCGAAUACGCCUACACCACUAUCCCCACCUACCCCUCCGGCCAGAUCGGUUUCAUGGUCUGCUGCAAGGAUGCCACCCGCAACGUCAAGGAGCCCGUCCGCAGCUGGACUCACGAGGAGGAGGAGCGUCUCUGCCGCUACUACAACUCCGACAUUCACCGUGCCAGCUUCAUACUCCCCAACUUUGCUCGCAAGGCUUUGAACUAAGCUUAGAUUUCGCAAUGCUUGUUUGUUCUUUAAAAUUUUGGGGGUUUUAUUGUUAUAUUUUUAUUUACUUUUUUUUUUUUUUUUUUUUUUUUUUUUUU